AACCCACAAAGCCCUCCUCUGCUCUCCCUCCCUCUCUCACUUUCCCCAACCCCGCUCCAGAUCGAGCACCGAUCUAGGGUUCCACCUCGUCUUCCGCUCGCCGGCGAAGAACCAGCCGUUCGGGACCCAGACGCAGCCAAGGGGAGAUGAAGCUCGCGGGGCUCAAGUCUGUGGACGGCGCCCACGAGGAGUCCAUCUGGGCGGCGGCCUGGGCGCCCGCCGCCGACCACCGCCCCACGGCGGUGCUCCUCACCGGGGCGCUCGACGAGACCGUCCGCGCUUGGCUCCCCGACGACCUCGCCGCCUUGGGAUCCCCCGCGCGCGGCCACGCGCUCGGAGUCGUCUCCCUCGCCGCCCACCCCGCCGGCGCGCUCGCCGCCGCCGUGUCGCUCGACAGCUUCAUCCGCGUCUUCGAUGUCGACACGGGGGCGUCCGUCGCCACGCUGGAGGCGCCGCCGUCUGAGGUCUGGGGCGUCCAGUUCCACCCCAUGGGUAAUGCUCUAGCUGCAGCUGGUGGUGGCAGUGGAUCAGUGAAGCUCUGGGACACAGAGAGGUGGCAGCCAAUUACCAGCCUGACUGUCCCACGUCCAGAGGGAGCUCGCCCUGACAGGACAGGCAGUGGCAAGUUUGUCCUUUCAGUUGCCUGGAGUCCUGAUGGGAAGCUCUUAGCAUGUGGGUCCAUGGACGGCACCAUUGCCAUCUACGACGCUGUCCGCAUGAAGUUCCUUCACCACCUCGAGGGCCACCACAUGCCGGUGCGGUCCAUGGUGUUCUCCCCAGUGGAUCCCCACGUGCUCUUCACGGCCUGCGAUGACUGCCACAUCCACAUCUACGACGCCAAGGAGAAGAGCCUCAUCGGUGCCAUGUCAGGCCACGCGAGCUGGGUGCUGAGCAUCGACGUGAGCCCCGAUGGCUUGGCGGUGGCUACGGGAUCCAGUGACCGCACAGUCCGGCUCUGGGACAUCAACAUGAGGACCUCGGUGCAGACCAUGAGCAACCAUUCUGACCAGGUCUGGGCUGUGGCCUUCCGGCCGCCAGGUGGGGCGGGAAUCCGGGCUGGGCGCCUAGCUAGCGCGUCGGAUGACAAGAGCAUCUCCCUGUAUGAUUACUCAUAGGUUUUCUUUACCAUUGCAACGCCUUUGUGGUACUCUGUUUCCAACCAGAGAUUCGAAUUUGGCCAUGAUGGUUGGAAGAAUUGUUGUAGCGUACUGAUUGAGGUGCUAAUUGCAAGCGAAGCUAAUGUGUUCCGUGUUUGACGUAA